AUGGCCCGAAUUUUAGCUACAGGAUUGCUAUUUGAGGUGCUAACUAUAAUUUUGGGAUUUCGUUUGCAAGGUGUUGCAGUGAAAGGGAAACUAUUGUGUCAUGAUAAAGUUUUCCGGAAUACACGAGUGAAGAUUUACGAUUUGGAUAGAAAUCCCGAAUUUCGUCUCUUCGGAACAACGAGAGAAUUCACGGAUAUCGAACCGGUUUUAUAUAUUUAUCACGACUGUGAUGACGAUAUACGGCCAUGCCAAAAGCGGGUGAGAAUCGACGUGCCAACGCGGUACAUCGUCACGAGGAAAGAGCCAAGAGAUUCUGAAUGGUUCGAUAUCGGUACUCUCUACUUGGAGAACACAUUUCCUGGACAAGAUCGGAGCUGUGAAAAU